AGACUACAUACAUAGUACAGGAGAUGGUCAGAGACUGUGUAUACAUGAUAGAGGAGAUGGUCAGAGAUUAAUGGCACAACUUGAAGUACAUAGGGUCUGAUUUGAGGAAGGUAAGUUCUAAAGGCUGAAAUUAUAAGAUGGUUGAAAUGUGUAUUUGGAUUAGCAUAGCUUGGUGUGGACCCUCAGGUAGGAUCCUCAAUGACCAUCAACCUAACUUUUUUUUUUCUAUUUUCGCUUGCCAUGAAUUAACCUCACAAUAUAAACACAAACACAUAGUAUGCCCAUGCUUACUUGCUUAUUAGGCAAAACUAUAAAGCACAAAAGAGCACAAUGGUAUAUUAACCACCACAAGGCAACGAACAUGAAAAAUACUUUGGGUUGCCCAUUGUUUUUAGAUCUUCCUUUAUUUAUACUAUAGAUCGUGAAUCACAUUUAUUGAUUGAUUUCACCUCACUUCUGUUUCAGGAGACCAAUAAAAUGUUCAAAUCAACCAGAAAAGGUUUUAUGAUCAUUUUGUGUUGUACAGUUAUCCUGGUGUUUAGAUACAUCGCUUACCUAAACUUCAGACAGCUUUUGGACUUUCACUUUCUCAGUGUAAAAAAUCAUCGGACACCUGCCUCUGGAAAUAUUGCGUACGUUGACCAACAAAUAACCAAGAUAAUGACUAUGAUAAACGCUACAAUCCCCCAAAAGGACACCAUGCAUUUUAUAGAAACCACCAGCGCACUGAAUAGCAUAUCAAUCAUAUUGAACUAUAAACCUAAUUAUUGUGUUGGAGACACCUUGAUUGUUCAGGUUGAGAUGUUCAGUCAUUUGGGGAAAAGGAAGACUUAUGGAGGAGACUUCUUACUGACUCGGAUCUUUUCACCAAAGCUUGGAGCUGGAGCUUCUGGAAAAAUCGAGGACUUCAAUAAUGGAUCUUACAAUAUUUAUUUUACAUUAUUUUGGGAAGGACAAGUACAAAUAUCUAUUCUCCUAGUGCAUCCCAGUGAAGGGGUAGCUCUGCUGUGGAAAGGGAGGAACAUGGGAUACAAUUAUAUUGGCUACACCGGAUUAUUUAUUCAUAAAAAACAGGAAGUAAAUACAGAAUGUGGAUUUUACUUGAAUUCCCAACAAGAAGAAUGUGAAUAUGCAAACAGAAAAUAUAGAGACGUUUUUCACUGUAUCAAGUUACCAGAAAUACCCUGUGAGGCUUUCAUAUCAUUAAAAAGUUGGCACAGAGAUUAUACGUACCUCAGCAACGCAAAUAAGACUCUAUUAUCCCUGUCAAACAUUGGCAUAGAAAUUCCCAAAAGAGUUGGAAGUAUUCAUGUUUUAAAAUGCGCAAAAACCUCUAUGACUGUGACUUCAAAAUGCCAAAUUGGGACCUCUCUUCCCUUCCCUAGCGGUUAUUUCCUGAACAACCAAUGGUUCCCAACGCAUUGCAAUCUUUCUACCUUUGAGCCCUUGUUAAAUAUAACUAAAUGUUUGGCUGGCAAAAUGAUAUAUUUGAUGGGCGAUUCAACAAUGCGCCAAUGGAUAAAAUUCUUCCCAAAUGUCCUAAAGAGUAAGUAUCCUUGUUGUAUUGGCAUAGGCAUGGGCACACCCUAAUUACCCCCAUAUGCA